AUGAAUCAAACAGAGGAGAUGCAAAAUGAUGAGUCAGAAAUGAUAGUGAAGACUGCAAAGGAAGUCUGUGCUGAGGGUUUGGUUGUAAGUGGAGGGGGAAAUGACGGCAUCUUUAUCAAGGAAGUAAAACCAGAAUCACCUGCCUCAAAGCAUCUAAGUGUGAAUGAAGGUGACCAGAUACUUAGUGCUACAGUAUACUUUGAUAAUGUGUCUUAUGAAGACGCCCUCCAGAUUCUUGAGCAUGCACAACCAUAUAAAGUGGAGUUCUGUCUAAAACGCAAACCUGUUCCAACAAGAACACAAGAAGAUGAUGAGUCAAUGAGGCCAGAUGUAACCAUUGGUGAGGAGGCUGAGGGAGAGGAAAGUGGUGAACCAGAGAUGAGAGGCCGAAGAAAGACAAAAAAGCAACAGGAUCGCAUCUCAUGGCCAAAAUGUCCUUCCUUUAGCAAGGGUCGGAGGGCGAAUUUUAAGAGAUCUCACAGCACAUCAGAAGCAGAAGAACAGAGAAAAUUAGAGAUAAGUCCACUAACAAGUGACACAGAGUCACCUAUUAAGUCUCCAUUAAAGUCUCCAGAUGGAAAAGAAAAGAAAAAGAUUCACAAAAUGAAGCUUAAGAUGAGGAUGACAGGUCGCAGGAGCAAGUCCGUUGAAGAGACCCCAGAAAAUGGAGAGGAACUAACGACAGACAGUAUGGAGGUCUUGGAUAACCAAAUGUUUGUGAAUAUUGCCGAAGAACACAGCUUUCAGGAGCCAGUGAUUAAUUUGGUAGAGAGCCCAAAACUGUUGGAUGAAGCUGAUAAUACGGAGCCUACUAAAACAAGAAAUGAAUAUACAUGCCCAACUUUGCCAGUGACUGAAUCAUUGCAUAAGGUUGAGCUUAUUAGCUUGGACAAUACAUUAAAGACUACUGAUAUUACAGUUGCUCUUGGGGAGGAUAGCAAAGAAAGGAGAGAAAGAUCAGAGUUAAAGGUUAGCAUUCAAGGAAAGGAUCAGUCUGAAUUAGGAACAGAGAGCCAAUUAAAGUCUGUCUCAAGUGGAAUGAGAACUUCAGAUCCAUCGACAUCCAGCCCCAACUUGAUAUUACAAAGAGAGGAAGAGGGACAUCAAGCUGAUUCUGAUAGCAAGCUGAUAUAUAAAGAGAUUUUAGAGAAAACCCAAGGGCAAGAAGAAAUUGACAUGAGCAUACCUAAAGUUGAUGUUUCUCUGGACAUAUCAGAUGUAGAACUGAUGCAAAAAUCACCAGGGAUUGGCAGUGACAAAGAAAAGAAAGAAAGGAACGUUCUUGAAACAGAAAGUUAUGGGAUUCGAACCAGAGGUCCACUGGCAGACAUAGCGGCAUCAAAGAGUCAUUUUACAAAAACAGUAAAUAGACUAGAGUUUACGUCUUCAGACUCUUUCACUUUUGAGAUUAAAACAAGGCAGGAUUUGUCCUCAACUGUCAUGGACACAAAGAAAUCAAGCACUCCAACACCUAUUUUAUUCCAGCCAAAGCCAAAUGCUCUGGAUGUGGAUAAAAGUGGGAAGAGUCCUGGUAGUAGUGCUCAAGUUAUCAAAAGCUCAAAUUUGGAAAUAGCAACUUCUGAGUUAACAGAAAAAUCAAAUAUUGAUUUAAUUCUAACUGACCUUGGUAAAAGACCAGAGUCAAAGUUUAAACUGCCUAAGGUGGAUAUAUCUGAAUUUGACUACAAUGAAUCAAUAAUCAUAAGACAGAAAGACCCAACCAAAGCCCCUCUCCUGAAACGAGAGGAAAUUGAGAUUCCUGGGAUGGAGGACAAAGGAUCAAAAGCCAACUUACAGUCACCUAGAAUGAAAGAACCAAAAAUUGAGAAGAUAAUACAAAUCUCAAAAGUUCAGGGGGAAGCUGAAGAGUUUAAUGUUGAAGAUGUAAAGGAAGCAGUAUCAAAAUUCCCAGCAUUUAAAUUACCCGAGAGAGACAUCACAGGGGUCCUUGUACAGAGAGAAAUCAAAAUAAUGGAAAUGAAGGCAGACAAAACUGGCAUGACACCUAAAGGAUCCCCUUGUAAAAUGUCAAGCUUGAGCACAGAAAUAAGCAGUAAGUUGACUGAAAACACAAUGGAUAAAGAAAAAUGGACAAGUCCUACUUUUGUUACAAAAGAUGAAGCCUUCAUAUUACCAAAAAUUGAACAACUGCAUCUUCAUGAGGAAACACGUAUAACUGAGAAAAAAAUAGACAAAUCAAAAGCAAAGUUUGAAGCCCAACAGUCCAAAACAGGCAAAAUGUUGGCAAGGGAUGACAAGAUUAGUACUUCCCCAGAUGUAAAAUUAAAACUUCCAAAACGUGAAGACAUUGAAAUACCAGGAAUGGAAGCCAUUGAGCAAUCAGUUCAGGUGCAAAAAAGAAAAGUAGCCAAAGACACUCAAGAUGAUGCUAUAAAAGACUAUACUGAUGCAUAUAUAACUGAAAGGUCAAAUAUCAAAGUGGUCAAAAAAGGACAUGAGAAGAAAUCAAAGAAAGCAAAGGAAUCUAUGCCAAGUUUUGGAAUUAUGAAACCUGACAUUCGCUUCCCAGAUAUUGGGAUUGAGUUACCAGAAAAGGCCACCUCAUCCAAAAGUGAUGAAAUGAAGGAAAUGAAAGCUGAAGCAAAAAUAUCUCAUGAUGAAACAAAACAAAAAAAGAUUUCUCAAAAUGAAGUACAUGUAGCCAUCAAACAAUCUGCUGAAGAGACAACAUUUAAAAAGUCUCAAGAAGGAGAUGUAAAGGGUGAUCAAAUGCUACAUCAUGACGAAAGUACAGUUAUGACAACCCCAAAACUAGAGGUAACUCAACAGAUGGCGUCUACUAAUGAAGGAGAACCGAAAGCUACUGCAUGCGAGCCAUCAUCAGCAAAGGCUGAAUUAAAAAACAAAGACACAAACACUGAUGUCUCUCCACAUAAAAAGAAACUGCCAAAAUUCAAAAUGCCUAAAAUCGGAGGGAAAUCUAUAAAAGAAUCAGCUGAAACAACUAUAAAAGAUGAUGUUACAAUGCAAGAAAAUGACACAACAGAGGUUGAAUUAGAUUCUGAGAAGAGAACAUCUGAAACUGAUACCAAAGAACAAAGUUUUGAAAUACAUUUUAGUAAAAUAAAAAUGCCUAGUUUAGAUAUUUCUCUUCCAAAAGUAAAAAUCCCAAAGUCAGAGGGAAAAACAAGGCAGGAGGAAACUGGACUCUCAAAGCCUGAAACUGAUGCAGGUGUUGAAUUUUGCAAGGACCAUAUCCCUAGUGAGACACCAGGGCCCACUAAAGAAAGGGUUGGUAAAGCUGACAUAAAGAUUAAGGCUGUAGAAGAUGCACAAGAGGAGAGUGGAUGUAGAAUGAUCAAGUUUGGUAUCUCAUUGCCAAAAGAGAAGACAGAACAAAGUGGUCUUCUACCAGAUGAAACAAUCUUAUCUGAAGGAACUACCAUAAAGGUUGAUGGAAAAACUGAGGUGGAGUCAUCUGAACUGCCACAUGCAGAAAUCAAAGAAACUGAGUCUAAAAUGAAGAAGAAGAAAUUAUCAUUUCCCAAAUUUGGAUUCUCUAAAGCUGUAAAAUCUGAUGCUGACGUGUCUCUUUCAACAGUGCACAGCUCUUUACAAGAGGUAGGUGCUGAUGUAACAGAACAAGAUGUUCAAAGUAAGACCACUGAGGCAGAGGCAGAGGCUGAGUUAAAGGAUUCAACAGAUUCUCCAACAAAAUUUAAACUUCCCACAAUUAAACUUCCAAAAUUUGUUGUCUCCUUUCCAAAGGCAACCGAUGCUGGGACUGAUAUUCAAAUGCCUGGUGUCAGCACGGAGGUUACUACUAUGGAUGUUCAAUUUCCAGAGGCCAAGCUAUCAGGAGAACUUACAGCACCACCUGACAUAAAUAUCUCAGAGACUAUUCUCAGUGUAUCCAAGCCUGAUGUUGAAAUGUCUAUGUCAGAGGGAAAAUUAGAAAUUACAGACAUUAACAUUCCAAAAGUAGAUGAAGUUAGUAUGAAACCAUCUCCAGAACUUUCAUUUUCUAAACCAGAGGUUCAGGCUAGUCUGACGGAAGGCAAUAUGGAAAUUAAAGCGCCAAAUGCAGAAUUCACAAUUUCAAAGGGUGAUGCUGAACAAAAAGAUCUAACUAUUGGUAGUGCACCAGUAAAGUUUAAACUCCCCUCUAUCAACUUGCCAAAGUUUGGAGGUAAAGCAUCCAAGGUAGCGAAAGAUAUGCCAACUGUGGAUAUAGAUGCUGAAGAACCUGAUGUAAGACUUACAGAAGAACAAAUAAGUAUGAAACUAAAAGACGUUGCACCAUCAGGUGAUAUCAACGAAUCUUCUAUGACCACAGAAGGUGUUAGUGUAGAUGUAAAGGUUGAAGACGCAAAGCCCAAAGGACAAGAAAAUAUGGUUAACCUGCAAAAAUUUGGAAUUAACCUUUCAGAAGUAAAAACUCCAGACACUGAUUUUAGUACAUCAAAGAAAGAAGGUGAUAUUACUUCAGUGGAUGCAAAAACUGAGGUACAUUCAUCUUAUGAUGAAGUGCCCAGAGACACAUUUGACAAACCAGAAGAUGAUUAUAAAGGCCCAAAUGUAAAGACGAAAAGACCAAGCUAUUCACUUCCAAAAUUUGGGUUUUCAAAACCAGAUGUUAAGGCUUCUGAGACUGAUUUGAGCCUUCCAAAUGUUGACACCUCCAAACUAGCAGGUAGUAUGGACAAAGAAGAAUUAACUAUAGACACGAAAGAGUCAAAUGAUGAGGCUGACCAGACUGAAAAAGUGUCAAGAAGAUCUCCAACAAAAUUUAAACUUCCCACAAUUACAUUUCCAAAAUUUGGAGUCUCAUUUCCAAAGGCAACAAGCUCUGACCUUGACAAACAAAUGCCUGGAGUGACCAAAGAUAAACCUACCAUGGAAAUUAAAUUGCCAGAGGCUGAAAUGUCUGGGGAAUUACCAUCAUUACUUGAAAUGAAAAGUCUAUCCAAACCUGAAGUUGAUGUCUCUACACCAGAGUCAGAAAUGAUGGAGGAUGCUCAUUGUGAACAGAAAAAAGAAAAGGUAUUCUCUCCGCGACUUGCAUUUUCUAAACCAGAUGUUAAGAUAAGCCUUGCAGACCAUGGUCUUGAUGAAAAGCCAGCUAAAGAAGAUUCAACAUCAGGUAUGGAUCUGCAGGCCAAGAAACUUGACACUGAAGUCGAACUUCCUUCAGUUAAAUUAGAUGCAGUCAUUUCAGAGGCUAAAGAAAAAGAGAGUGAUAUUAAAUUUAAAAAACAGAAAAUAUCAUUUCCAAAAUUUGGAUUUUCCAAAUCUGAGUCUAGGAUCAUUGAUGCUGACCCCAGUCUCCAAAAAGAAGGAAUAUCUGUUCCACACACUGAGAUCAAAGAGACUGAAGUGAAAAUUCCUGCUCCAGAGUUUGCAGUCGAGGUAAAAAAUAAAAGUACUACUGGUUCUCCAUCUAAAUUCAAGCUUCCAACAAUUUCUCUCCCUAAAUUUGACAUUUCCAUUUCAAAGCCUAUGGAGGAAUCUACUGAAAAAGCAGAUGAUGUAACACAGUCAGAAAUAAAAGAAGAAUCAGAAGCUGUGUCAAAAAAUAAAACCAAACUUGAUAACUCAGAAGAAACAGCGACUCAAUAUACAGAACCAUUAAAUCUACAUUUUGAAAGUCAACCAGUGGAUGCUGAAAUAAAAACCAAAAACAUUGAUCCUGAAAGUCAAUGGAGUAGAUUUAUGAUGCCUAAAUUUGAAUUUUCAUUUACAAAGCUAAAGGGGCCAGAAAGUAAAAAAGGUGCAUCAAAAAUGGAGGAUAAUGUAGACAAUAUGGAGGAUACACCAACACAUGACAUGAAAAUGGAAAGUCUGUCUACUGAGGGAAAAGUAGACAUGCCUGGGGAUGCUAAGGAAACUGGGAUAAAGUUGAAGGUGCCAAAAGUGCUGAGUUCAGAACAUGGAGUUUCUAAACAAGACAUUAAAUCUCCAGAGAUUAACACUGAGAUAGGUGAUAUAUCUAUAACAGCAGCAGCGGAUGUGAAACAACCAGAAUCUGACAUAAAAAUUCAAACAACAGAGAUGUUAAAAGAUCAUAAAUCCAAAGGAGGUUCACCAAUCAAAUUCAAACUUCCCAGUUUCAAACUACCCAAAUUUGGAAGUUCUGCUUCAAAAACAAAACCUGAAAUAACAGAAUUGAGUGGUGAUGUGCUUCCUUUGGAGGCCCCAGUGAUUGAUGUAGAUAUAGCUGUCAAAGGAACUCAAGUAAGUGGUCCAGAAACACAAAUAAAAAUGAUGAACGAAGCCCUAUCUGUUGAAAUGAAGGGACCUCAUCUGGUCACAGAGGGUCAAUCUGCUAAUGUGGACUUAAAGGUUGAAGAUGCUGAACUUGAAGGACAAGGGUGUAAGUUUAAGCUGCCAAACCUUGGUACUGACAUUUAUCAAGUAGAAGGGUCUGAUUUAAGUACAUUAAAGGCAGGGGAUAUAUCUGCUGAAGCACAGGAAACUGAUAUCAAAGAACCUAAGAUGACAACUGAGGGGAAAGCUCACACAACAGAACACGAUUCUAAAGGCCCAGAUGUGAUGAUGGCAUUACCCCAAUUAGGGUUUUCAAAACCAGAAGUAAAAACUUCUGAGGUUAAUGUAAGUGUUCAGAAAAUGGAUGUCCCAGUACCAGAAGGCAGUGUGGACAUAGAAGACGCAAAUGUAGAUAUCAAAGUGUCAAAGAUGGAGACAGACCAAAAGGAUUCAAAAUUUUUUGGCUCUCCAACAAAGUUUAAACUUCCCUCAAUCAACUUCCCAAAAUUUGGAGUUAAAUCACAAAAAACAGCUUUAGAUAUUAAUAUUAAAGAAUCAGAACUUGAGGCCACAAACACAAAAUGUUCUCAACCUGAAGUAAAGUUAGAAGUACAACCACCCAAGAAUACAGUUCAAGAUGAUGAAACUGAGAGGAGUGCAGACAUACCUGAGGUUGAUUCCAAAGGAAAAGGAAAAGUGAAGAGACCAAGCUUUUCAUUUCCCAAGUUUGGGUUUUCUAAACCAGACACAACGACUCCACAACUUGAUGUCAGUGUACACAAGAUUGAUGUAUCUAUACCUGAAGGCACCGUGCAUGUAACAGAACAAACAGCAGAAAGUACACUUCCAGGGGUAGUGUUAGAGGCUGAACAGAAAGAUCCAACAAUUGAUGUGUCUCCAACUAAAUUUAAACUACCAGCAGUUAACCUGCCAAAAUUUGGAGUCAAAACCACAAAAGGCACUGUAAAUUUACUAUCAGCAGUAGGAGAUAUCAAAGGAAAAGAAAUUAGUGUUUCCGAAGGAGACAUCGAAGAUUCAGGACAAAUACCAAACAUUGACACAGAAGAAAUAAAAAAAGAAUCUGAUAUGAGUACCACAAAAAGAGAAACUGAUAUUCAUCUAGCAGAGGGGAAGGUAAUACAACUCCCACUUGAUGUUGACAUACAGGAUAUAUCUAUUGAGGGCAAAGCAGACAUACCUGUGGUUGACACGGAAGGACUGGAUGUGAAACUGAAGAAACCAAGUUUUUCACUUCCAAAAUUUGUUUUUUCAAAGUCAGAUAUUAAGGGCCAAGAAACUGAUGCCAUUCAACCAAAGACUGAUAUGUCUAUCAUAGAGGGCAACAUAGCUGUUGAAGAACAAGAUGCAGAAAUUAAUUUCCCAGAUGAAGUGAACAAACAAGAUGAUCCAACAACUGUUUCUCUGUCCAAAUUUAAACUGCCCUCAAUCAACCUUCCAAAAUUUGGAAUUAAAUACCCAAAGGCCACAUCUGAUAUUCCAACAGUAGAUGCAGACAUUGAAGAACCUGAAAUUAGUUUUCCUGAAUCAGGAGAGGUACAAACAAAUAUAGACAUUAAGGGUCCCUCUGCUGAUGUGGACAUUAUGGGCAAAGGGACUGAAAUUGAUGGGCUGGGAAGCAAGUUCAAGCUGCCAAAAUUUGGAAUUGGAAUGCCAAAGUUAAAGGAGACAGAGGUGGAGGGUAAAGAAACAAAAGCAGAGACUGGCCCACUAUCUGAAGAACAGGUAAAUGUACAAAGGCCUGAUGUUGCAAUUGAAGAUGUUACAAUUGAGGUGAAAGCAGAUGAAGCUGACGUUGAUUCCAAAGGGCUGAAAGUGAAACUUCCAAAAUUGGGAUUUUCAAAACCAGAUCUAAAGUCUCCUGAAGUUGGUGUGAGUCUGCCCAAAACAGAUGUGGAGAUAUCAAUGGGAAUUGCUGAGGUUUCAGAACAAUCUGAAUAUAUUAAAUCUCCAGAAAAAGAAAUUGUUGGCUCUCCAACAAGAUUUAAACUUCCAACAAUCAAUUUCCCAAAAUUUGGAAUGAAAGCAUCAAAGGGGACAGUAGAUAUUCCAACAGCAAACGUGGAUAUCAAAGGGCCUGAAUUUAGUCUUUGUGAUGAGAACAUUAAAAAUUCAUCAGAUGUAUCAAGUGUUGACAUAAAAGGGCUAACAGUAAAUGUUGAGGAUGCUUCUACUGAGGUGAACAUUAAGGGGGAAGGAAUCGAUAUAGAGCAACAUGAUGGCAAAUUUAAGAUUCCAAAAUUUGGAAUUGCACUUCCUAAAAUAAAAGGUCCAGACGUCGACCAGGGGCCUGAGGAAACUCAGAGUGAAAUACCAGGGGUUGUACUAUGUAUAGAGAGUAAAGAGCUAAAUCUAUCCAAAGAGUUGGUGGAAGUAGAUAUGGAAGCUAAAGGUACUGAAAUUGAAGUAGAAGAAAGUAAAUUCAAACUACCAAAACUUUCUCUACAAAAACUGAAAGGUCCUGAAAUUGAUAUUAAUGUUUCAAAGGCAGAGGUUUCUCAAACUGAAGCCAAAGAAGCUAAGCCUUCUAAAACAGACAAUGUUGAUACUGAUUUAACCGAUAUGAGUUCUAAGGGAAUUAGUGCAAAAAUGAAGAAGCCAAGCCUUGCAUUUCCAAAAAUUGGAUUUUCAAAAUCAGAUGGCAAGGCCCAAGAUAUUCAAGCCACUGAAACAACAGCAGAUGUUUCCUUGCCAGAGGGCUUUACAGAAAUAAAAGAAAGUGAGAAAGAUAUUAAGACACCAGAGUGCGAAAUAGAAAUAACAAGUCCACAAUUUGGUUCACCAACAAGAUUUAAACUCCCAACAAUAAAAUUACCCAAAUUUGGAGUUUCCACUUCAAAGGCCAUUGACAAAGAACCAGAGGCUGAUGCUGCUGACAUCAAGGAAACUAAAGUUAGUUCAUUGGAUAAUAAAGGAGAGACAUCAAAGUUGGAUCCAUCAGAUGUUGCAGAGGUGGAGGCCACUUUCAUUGAUACUAAACCAAAAGCUAAAGGAAUUAAUCAAGAAGGACAGGAAAAUACAUUUAAACUUCCAAAGUUUGGGAUUUCAUUACCCAAAGUAAAAGGCCAUGAGCUGGGAGUUGCUGCAAAGGAGGUGAAAAAAGGAGCACCUGAAACUGGGAUCACAGAACCAGAAAUGAAGACCCCAGCCGAAGUAUGUCUCCCAACAAUAGACAUAGCUUCACAAGAGGGAAGUGCCAGCAUUCAGAAAACAGAGGUAGACACAGAGCAUAAAGACAAUACAGUUGUUACAGGCUCGCCAAGUAAAUUCAAAUUACCUGCUUUUAAAAUGCCAAAAUUUGGAAUUUCAGCUCAAAGGACAUCUGACAUAAAAGCAGGGGUUGAUGAAUCAGACACUAACUCUGACCUUAGUACUGGAGACAAGACCAUACAAGUACAAGGUUCUAAAGCAAUAAGCAGAGAGAGUGAAAUUAAAGGAACCACUGAACAGAAUCCAGAGGCUGCUGUUAAAAAAGUGGAUGGGGACAAAGGCUCACCGAGUAAAUUCAAACUUCCUUCCAUAAAAAUGCCAAAAAUUAGCAUUUCAAGAACAAAAUCUCAAGAUGGAGAAGAUGACACAACCAUAAAGGCCAGUGCUCCAGAUGCUAAAACAGAACCCAAAGAUGAUCUACAAGAGCCUGAAAAAUCACCCAAAUUUACAAUGCCUACCCUUGGGGAUGUUAUCAGGGGCUUUGAGGUAGAAUUUAAUGUUCCAACAUUAGAAGAAAUGGAAGCACAAAAGGACAAGCCAUCUGCUAAGCAUGAUCAUGAGGCUGGAGUCAAAGUCGAGGCAUCAGCAGAACAUAGGGACAAAGGAACUCCAGAAAAAUCAAAGUUUAAAUUUAAAUUUCCAAAAUUAGGAUUCAGCCAGUCCUCAGAUGAAAGUGAUAAGUUAGUGGAUGCUAAGGUUGAAGAAAUUGAAAAGCAUAUGAAAGCUUCGACAGAUCAGAAAACAGAGGUUAACAAAGAACAAGCAAAAACUGAGAAGGGAGGUUGGUUCAGUUUUUCCAAAUUUUCUCCAACCAAAACUGCAAAGACCAAUGAGAAAGAAGUAAUUCAACCACCUAAGGAGGCUGAGAAAGUUUCAAUGAACGAUGAUGUAGAGAAAGAAUCCAGUAAAGUGAACCAGGAACCUGAGAAGAGCCCCCUGAGUGAGAUUGUGGAGGAGAAUAUCAGCCCAACAUUGUCACUGAGGUCAUCUGAAGCCUUUGCUGAUAUAAGUUCCACACAAACCACUGAGCAACUUGGCCUCUCACAGACCUCGCCUACAAAAGUAAAAGUAAAAUAUGCUGAACCUACUGCCACUGUUGGGGUCAACGAUGUAAAUAAGGAGGUUGUGACUUCCACAGCCAGAUGUGAACUGAUAUCUAUGGAGCCUCACCAGCCAGAGAAAGUGAAUAUCCCAUUUUCAUCAGAUAUGUCCUCACCCUCAGUGGACACUCUUAAACAGAUGUCAGGGGAAAUUCAUAUCAUCACAUCAAACAUACAAGCUAUACCAGACACACAGCAAGCUGCAAUCCUUACUAAUUUAGAUGUCCGUGGAAUUCACACCUCGCCUUUACAAGUAACACUCGGAUCAGACUCGGUGUUGACAGUGGAGGAAACCAGAGUGCAAAGUGGGGAGCACAUUUUAGUGGAAAGGCAUGUUGUGAAAGAGACGUUAAGUGAAGAAACCGUACUUGUUACCCAGAGAACACGUGUAUUUGAAGGAGACUCUGUAGAACCCAUUUCUGAUGAGACAGCUUCCUCUAUUCGUAGGCUGCGAGAUACAGUGCACACUGAGAAAAUGAAGUUUUUUGACAGUGUAGAGACAACUGAAGAGGUCAGUGAAAAGAGUGCGGAAAUAUCUAUAAGACAUAUGGAUUCCUCUACUGAUGACAAUGAGGGGAAAUGAACACUAUAUGGCUGAGUUGUAAAUCAAAUCAGCUGAUUUUAUGCUUUUGAAUGUACUGUAUGUUUCAGUGUUCUUUUAUAUAUAACCAUAUAAGCCAGCUGAAUUGUAAUGCUAAAAUGCAAAGCUGGGCCAGCGCUGACACUUAUUUAUUAACAUAUCACACAGUGUUGUUUAGAUAAUGGAGAUUUUACGCAUAAAUUAUUAAAACAAAUUAUAUCCACUGGAAAAAUUAUAUAUAGAAGCAAGGAAAAAUAGGAAGAAAUAUUACAUUAUAAUUUCACUCUUAAAAAUAAAGGUUCUAGAUCGGCAUGUAUGGUUCUGCAAAGAACCUUUAACAUCCAUGGAACAUUCCCAUUGCACAAAAGGUUCUUUGUAGAGGAAAAAGGUUCUUUAGACUAUAAAAAGGUUAUUCAAAAAUUGUUCUUUUAAACAAUUGUCACUGAAAGGUUCUUUGGGGAACCAAAAAUGGUACUUCUAUCGCAUUGUUGGGAAAAAACCUUUUUGGAACCUUUAUUUUUAAGAGUGUUGAUUGUGUGGGUUGUCAGUGUGGUAAACAAUAAAACUAUUAUCUUGGGAAUAGUAUUUACAGUGUGAACUCACUAAUAUUCAAGCAAACGCUGUUUAAAUAGAUGUAUUCGCGAAAAUUAAAAAGCUGGUGUGGCUUUUAAAGACCGUUGAUAGUAUCACAUAUUGAGGCAUUUAUUUCUUUGAGCUUAUCUAUUUUGACAAAAUAUGUGAUUGCAUAUAAAAUCUGUUUCUGCGGCCUUAGAAAAAAAAUGAAAAUGCAAAUAACUAUAUAAAUAUAUUUUAUUCAGUUGAAAAUAUCUCUCUGUCAUUAGUCUUUUUUAGCUUAUAAUAAAGCAUUUGCACCUGAUAAAAUGUAUGGAUUUUCAGAAAAAUUUAUGUAGACAAUGCAUAUUUUUAGUUUAUUAAUAAGCAAUGACUGAUCUUUUAACAUAUAUAUAGUCAAAUUAAUCAAAUUAACAUUGUGAGAAGAACACUUCAACUGGCCACUGCAAAUUGAGUAAAACAUUAAAUUAUGCUCGGUGUCUGACUUACACAAAAAAAUAAAACAAUACGUUCAGUAGCAGUUUGUGCACUUAAUAAAGUUAUUUCUGAAA